AAAGCGCAUAUGUUGCGCGCCGUUGCGUAAACAUUCAUUGCGAGCAAUAAGCGAUGAUUCGCGCUGAAAACACGCGUAAUUUUUAUUUCGCCGACGGAAAUUAACCUGCUUGUGGCAGUUGGCACGCUGUACUUGACGACAGGAGCAGUCGUGAUAUUUGAUUUUUGACCGAUGAAUUUGGGGAGUGCCAAGGUGUCACCUAGCCCGGAAACUACGUGCAUUUGGUCGAUGUCCGAUCUGCGAUUGGUCAGUCACCGUUGAUUAGCGCGUUUCCCAGGUGUUUCUCUUCGCGCCAGCCGCUUUCUUGUUGAUAAGGGAUACUUGUCAUCCCCUCGUAUAUCCAUCUGCUGCGCAUCUUUUGUGGAUCAUAAUGCAGUGUGGCACUGGCCGGUGACGGGUCCCGGCAGUCGAGGUAGUACAACGCAGGGAAGUACAACGCAGUUCGGUAGCGUUGAUUAAUUGUUGUAAAUACGGUUGGUAUAAUGAGCGCCGCGAUGAGCAUCAGCAGCACGGGCCUGCACGCGAUGGGCUACAUCAGUGAGUCGUGGGUGCCGUGUCGGUCACUGCCGGGCGACUACUGGCCCAGUCGCAAGUGGCACGCCUUCCUCAUCACCAGCGUGGCGACGCCCUUCCUGCUGGCCAUCCCCGUGCUGCUGUGGAUGGCGGGGGAGUACUGGCUGCGGCGGAAGCGGGAGGCCGCCGACCGGCAGCUGGUGCAGGACAUCUACUACGGCGGCGAUGAGCCCGAGGACGGACAGGAGCCGGCGCCGGUCAACAGCGCCUCCGUCGUGGCUCCGCGCGACACUUCGGCGUCCGGGUGGAAAUACUCCGUGUUCAGCUCGCGGCUGCAGUACUACGCCUCGCGACUGGUCUCCGACCAGAUGCUGCCCGGACAGAUGCUGAAAGUGCUGGGCCUGGUGUGCGCCAUGGGCUCGCUCUUCAUCUAUUUUCACGACAGCGCCACGGCCUGUCUGGACGUGGAGAUGUGCCACCUGUUCCGGCUGGACGUGGCCUGGCAGGUGGACCUGGCCUUCAACUGCUACCUCCUGCUCUACUACAUCCUGCGGUUCUGCGCGCACCACCGGAAGUUGUGGUUCAUCUUCCACCCGGUCAACCUGGCCGACUACUUCACCAUCCCGCCCAUCUUCGUCGCCAUCGGCCUCAGCCGCAACUGGUACGGUCUGCGGUACCUGCGCAUCGUGGACCUGGUGUGGCUGGUGGAGCUGCUGCGGCGCAUGAACGUCAUCCGCACGGUGGUGGAGAUGCAGCUGGCGCGGCUGGUCUCCUACGUCCUCAUGGCCGUCGUCAUCGGCGCCGGGUCCUUUCUCCUGCUGGAGUGCGCCGGCGACCCGUGGGACGUGGAGAACACGAUGGUGGCCAACCUGACCUACUGGAACAUGGCCUACUUCUCGGUGGUGACCAUCUCCACCGUCGGCUACGGCGAUCUCGGCUGCAAGACGCUGCUGGGCCGUCUCUUCACCUCCCUCUACAUCUUCGCCUGCUUGUUCUUCAUCGCCUCCUUCAUCGCCUCGGCGGCCAGCCUCGUGCCGGGACCGCGCAAGUAUCCGCGUUUCGACAACGUCCGCUACGUCCAUCACGUGCUGCUGUGCGGGCACAUCACGGUGGACUCGGUGCGGCGCUUCCUCAACGGCUUCUACGACGGCCGCAUCCCCAACGCGGUGGACGCCACCUUCGUCCUCAUCGUACACCAGGACGAGCCGGAGGGCGACAUGCUGCUGCUGCUGCACGACUACCAGUCCACCGUCGAGUACAUCCAGGGCAGCCCGCUGGAGGACGCCGUGCUCGACGCGGCGCAGGCCAAGACGGCCAGCGCGUGCCUGGUGGUGAGCAACUUCAUGACGGGCGACACGGAGCAGCAGGACAGCCGCAACAUCCUGCUGGUGGCGGCCCUCAAGGGCUACUGCCGCCACCUCCGCGUCCACGUCCAGGUCUCCAAGCCCACCGUCGCGAGCUUCCUCCGGCGCCACUACCACAUGGACGGCGACCGCGGCGACAUGGUCAGCAGCGUCGGCGUGGUGCAGACCGGGCUGGUCGGCAUGAGUGGAGUGGUGCCGGGCUUCGUGCCCUUCUGCCUGAACCUGCUCAGUCCCCGCCCCCUGGACGCCGUCUCCGCCGCCAUGGUGCCGGCGCUGUACCGCCACGGCUGCCAGAUGCGCCUCGACUCGGCGCCCUUCAGUCCCGCCUUCCACGGCCUGACCUUCGCCGAGGCCGCCCAGAUCUGCUACGACAAGCUGCACGUCCUCCUCCUGGCCGUCUUCUCGGCGCGCCACAAAUUCGAGGUGCACUCGCUGAUCCCCAAUCCGCGCGGCACCUACACCAUCGGCGAGGACACCUGGGCGCAGGCCAUCGUGCCCUCGCCGCGCCACGCCCAAGCGAUCGGCAAGUUCUGCAGCAAAUGCCACUGGGACGUCAACAAUCCGCUGCUGGUCACCGACUGCCACUGCUACGCCGACACGGCGGCCGGCCACAGCAGCCGCGACAGCGGGCACGGACUGGGCCGCGCGCUGAGCAAGAAGGCGCUGAAGAAGGUCAACCCGGCGCUGCUGGUCAACAAGCAGCGCGACGUGGCGCUCUUCGAGAAGGAACUGCCCUUCCUGGAGCGCGAGGCCGACGCGCAGGCCCACAGCGGCGGCGACACGCUGCGCCGGCGCUCGCCCGGCCUCGGCCUGGACAGUGCGGUGGGCGGGGCGCCCGUCCUGGACUCCACCGGCUAUUUCCACUGGUGCCCGCCCCGGGAGUUUGACGACUGCGUGAUGACGCCGGCGACGCUGAGCCGCUCCAAAGUGGCGUUGACCGACCACAUCAUUUUAAUCCUGACGGAGUCGGCCGACAGCAGUGUGCUGCAGGUCAGCAACAUCCUGCUGCCGCUGCGCAAGAGCUUCAUCCCGGUCGACAGCCUCAAGGAGGUCAUUGUCGUGUGCCGGGACGAGGCGAAGCUACGCGCCGAGUGGCUCUCCUUGAGCACUAUCCCGCGCGUCCGCCCCGUCGUCGGUGACCCCAUCAAGCCGGCGGUGCUGCGCGCCUGUUGCAUCCAGGAGUGCGACUACGUCAUCAUCUUGUCGUGCGGGGAGCGCAGGUGCGCCGACGAGCACCUCAUGGACCAGGGCGCUGUCAUCAUGACGGCCCACAUCCGCUCCAUGGAGUUCGUCGGCCCGGAGAGCGGCGUUACAUCGCGGAAGAUGUCCGGCAGUCAGGCGGACUACCGGCGCUCCUCCAAGUACGUCAGCGGCCGCGAGGUGCCGGUGCUGACGAUGCUGGGCAGCGACAAGAGCGCGCGCUUCCUGUCCUCGGUGGCCGGCAGCGUCGACUACCGCUGCACCGUGCCGUACCUGACCGGCUCCCUCCUGCCCGUCAACGAUCUCCAGGACAUGCUCGUCACCGGCUACCGCAAUCCCUCGCUGCUCAGGCUCUUCACCGACCUCAUCUUCGGCGGCGAAUCGCAGGGCAUGGUCAACGUCAUCGCCGAGGGCGUCGGCCUGAUGCCGCCCGACUCCUGGACCGCGGAGGAGACGAUGUUGACAACCGCCCGCUUGACGGCGUCCUGGCGGAGAAGGAGCUGCAGCUGACGGUGCGCCUGCGCACUAUCGCCAUGUCCUCGCGGCCCUUCCGCGGCUUCAUCAACGCGUCCUUCGCGGAACUGUGGAGCCACUGCAACGCGCAGCUGGGCGUGCUGUGCGUGGCGCUGUGGCGGCGGUCGCACUUCGAGGCGGAGCUGUGGGGCCGGCACAACCGCUUCGUGGCCAGCUUCCCGCCCAUGGAGA